UUUCAAUAGAGCGGUAUGUCGGUUAAAAUUCUCUUAUUCGUGGGACUCAUUGGUCUGGUUUUUGGCGUUGAACAAGUCCGAUAUGAUAAUUAUAAAGUCUACAAUGUGAGGAUUGAUGAUCUGGAGCAGUACAAGCUGCUCAAUGCUCAGGAAAAAGCCUUGAAGCUCAGCAGUUGGCGUGAGGCUCGUCACCUGGGAGAAUCCUCAGACAUAAUGCUGUCUCCUGAGUAUCAGGAAACCUUCGAAAACCUCUUGAGCACCCACAAUUUCACAUAUAAACUAAAGAUCGAGAAUGUGCAGACCCACAUCGAUGCCCAAAGACCCAAACAGCGUAUCACUUCCAUGGAGUGGACUCAGUUUCACACUCUUGAAGAAAUCAACGCCUGGCUUGAUGUGAUCGAGGCUCGUUAUCCGGAUGUAGUAACACCUUUCACCAUCGGAAACUCCUACGAGGGCAGGCCCAUUAGGGGUGUUAAAAUUUCAUACAAAGACGGAAAUCCAGCGGUUUUCAUUGAGUCCAACAUUCAUGCCCGCGAAUGGAUUACCUCAUCGACGAUCACCUACUUUAUCGAUGAGUUGCUGGUGCCACGGAAUCCUGCGGUCAGGGAAAUAGCCCAGAAUGUAGACUGGUACAUCAUUCCCGUCCUAAAUGUGGAUGGUUUUGCCUAUUCACACGAAUAUGAACGUCUUUGGCGAAAAUCGCGUCUGCCCUCGGAUCCCACGGGAAACUGCAUCGGAACCGACCUUAAUCGCAACUUCGACUUCCUGUGGAUGUUGGCUGGUGCCGAAUCGGAUCCUUGCUCAGAGAUCUACGCAGGACCUUCAGCAGAAUCUGAUCCCGAAAUCAGCCAACUAACUUCCUACAUAAACAACUCCAUACCUGAUGGCAGCAUUAAGAUCUACAUUUCGCUGCAUUCCUAUGGACAGUACGUGCUUUCGCCUUGGGGACAUACCGCUGCUGAGUUCCCCGAACACUAUCCCCAGAUGAUGCAUGUGGCCAAGGGUUUCUCGGAUGCUCUAUACAGGAGAUAUGGCACCGUAUUCACCUACGGAUCCAGUGCCACAACAUUAUAUGAAGUCUCUGGUUCGGGCAAGGAAUGGGCCUAUGCGGUGAAGAACAUCAAAAUACCCUAUACAAUUGAGCUGCGCGAUAAGGGUCUUCUUGGCUUUUUACUUCCACCAGAGGAUAUUUUACCAGUGGCCCGCGAGGUGACUGAAGGAUUUGUUGGCAUGAUAGCCGCUGCCCGAGAAAUCGAUAUAUUGUAAUAUAUAUAUUGUAUUUGUUGGGAAUAAAAUAAAGUAUUACUCAUUUGGACAGCCAGAAGUGCAAUAACUCAA